GAAAAGCCCUGUCUCUGAUCAGAUGGGCUUAAUAUAAACCAGGUUUGUUGAGAAAGAAUUAAGGGAGGCAGUCCUUGAACAGACGAAGGAUUUUCUGUGGGAGAUUUGCUGGUGUUCCAUACUUGGAGAACUAAGGGAGUCUGAUCAAGAUCAUCACCUGGCUGCAAACAAACCAACCAUCCAGCAAGUCUUGAAAGAGAAGAGCCAUGACCCUGAACAACGUCACCAUGCGUCGCAACAGUGCCAGUAGUUGUGGUGCCUUGCAGCCUCAGCAACAACGCUGGAGUGUUCCACCAGACGGGAAGCAUCUGGUAGUGCAGAAAGAAACCCAAGAGGCAAACCAUCAGAAAAGGUACACCCUCAACCAUGAAGAAUAUUGUCGCAAAAGCUGGUCAUCGGAGUCCUCUGAUUCUGUCAUCUCCACUGAGCCAGGAAACAUCUGCUAUCGAGUAGUUCUCAUAGGGGAACAAGGAGUUGGCAAAACUACCAUUGCGAGUGUCUUUGCAGGUGUGCAUGACAGCCUGGACAGCGAUUGUGAACUUCUGGGAGAAGACACCUACGAACGAACUUUGCAGGUGGAUGGAGAAAGUGCAAACAUAAUGCUUUUGGACGUUUGGGAAAACAAGAAUGAAAACGGAUGGCUCCAAGAUCAGUGCAUGAAAGUUGGAGAUGCAUAUGUCAUUGUCUAUUCCAUCACGGACCGGGCAAGCUUUGAAAGAGCAUCUGAGCUAAGGAUUCGGCUUCGCAGGGCACGGAAGAUGGAAGACCUUCCUAUUAUUUUAGUGGGCAAUAAAAGUGACCUAGUAAGGCGCCGUGAAGUUUCUGUUUCAGAGGGCCGAGCCUGUGCCGUAGUCUUUGAUUGUAAGUUCAUUGAGACCUCAGCAGCUGUACAGCAUAAUGUCAGGGAGCUGUUUGAAGGCAUCGUACGUCAAGUUCGUCUGAGAAGGGACAGCAGAGAAAAGAACGAGAAGAGGCUGGCAUAUCAAAAGAGAAAAGAGACCAUCCCUAAGAAGGCGAGGCGAUUCUGGGGGAAGAUUGUAGCCCGAAAAAACAAGAAUAUGGCUUUCAAACUGAAGUCCAAAUCUUGCCAUGAUCUCUCUGUCCUUUAGGAACUUGGGGACACAUCCAGACUUUUAUCUAUCACAAAUAUGCCACAUAAUCUCCAGAACUGAGAAAAAUCAAUCUAUAUUAGAUUGGUCAACACAGCUGAUCUGGAAUCACAAUUGUGAUUACUGUGAUGGUGUAUGCCUGCAAUACAGUAAGCAUGGCCUCAUGCAUGGAAGAAGGAAUGUCAUCUAUAUGUUUGGUUUAUAUGAGCGCACUGGAUUGGGAACAGCAUUUUUAUGCUCUCUGAAAGAACAUUCCAAACAAUAUAGUAAGAUGAGCCUGAAAAAACACAACCAGUUUCCUAUGGAAAGGGGAACUCCUAUAGUUGCCUUCUUCCAAACCAACCAGUUGCUUUUCUUAAGUGUGCACUGCUAAGUCUUAUUCUUACAAUAUCAUCUGUUGCAGUGGCUAGAUAGCAGCAGCAGCAGCAGCAGCAGCAGCAGCAGCAGCAGCAGCAGCAGCAGCAGCAGCAGAUAAUCAGAUGCUUGGAUCACUAGGACCGCUAAAGCCGGCCACCCAUUGAUGGUUAUUGUCAUGAAGUCAACACUGUCCCAAUUCUAAAUCCAUUCACUUCCUGCCCUACUGGCCCUGUGUCCAUUUGUAUUCUGAUCAUCUUCCUAAUUGCACCUGCAUGUUGCUUUGCAGCCUGAGAUUCUAAAAGAUAAAGUAGGCAGGCAUUGCCACAGAUCUGAUAUCAAAUUCAAUUCUUUCUGGCUUUUGUAUUAUCCCGCCUCCUUGCCUCCUUGCUGCCAAAUGAAACCAUCAAAGCAUAGCUACCUCUGAAAUAAAAGCACAUCCAUCACAAACCAGCAGUUGCUACAGCAUAGCACCAUUCAAUUAAGGGGACCACUGAAGAGGCAGGGAGAAAAUAUCUUGAUGUGGUAUGGGCACAUGUGCCUUUGAGUCAGCAUUGACUCCUGGGGACUGUCAGAAAAAGUCCCUGCAUUUUUCUUGGCAGGAUUUUGGAAGUGGUAUGCCAUUGCCUCCUUCCAAGGGCUAAUACCGAAUGGUUGGCCAAGAUCACCCAGCUGGCUAUGUACCUAAGGCGGGACAAGCACUCACAGAUUCUCAAUUUCUAGCAGGUGCCUUAAUAACUACACCAAACUGGCACUCCUUAAUAUGGUAGGGUUAAUUAUCAAGAGAUGCUUAUGCUGUUGUGAUCCAAUAUGGAGAAUUAGUCUGAAUACCGAUAAUAAAGAAUGUUGGGAAUUUUAAUUGCGUAAUUAUAGAAUAAAUAUUUUCUUAUUUCUCUCUCGAGCCAUUCAGAAUUCCUAAAAACAGCAUGUUAAAGCCAGACACGCUCAGGAAAGGGGAGGACAUUAGCUCACGCGUGAAGGGGAAUUCCUGUCUGAAUUCAGUUCAGUUUUUGCUGUAAAUUACUGCAAAUCAACUUUUGCUUGUGUCACCCUACAGCAAUGUUAUGGUAGGAAUGGUAGAUCCUGAGAAUGAAACUCAAGGGUGAGAUGUAAAUUUUUGAGAAGGUGGAUUGCUUUUUAGUAAAAACCAAAAAGAGAGUUUGUGCUCAAAACAACUGUUUAUGACAUUACUUUUAUAUUUAUUAUCGUUCAAUUAUUAAUUGUAUUUUCAAUAGGUGAGCUCGAAGAAGGGAGAGAUAGGACUGUGGAAAAUGUAGUAUUGAAAUAUAUUUAUUAAACGAUUUCUUUAGAAACUGUUGGUUUUUGUUACUGUUUUCUAUUAGCUUUUGGAUUAAGCAACGUUUAUUUACAUACCUUAAAAAUCAAUAAAAUAUUUCAUUGCUUUUGAAAUUAAAUCUCAAAUGUUCCUUCUUUAAUGGUGUGAUGAAAGUUUAGUUCACACAGGAAAAUAUCUGGUUUUUUACUUUUAUGUAAUACAAUAUCAACAUGCGGAUCUACCAAAAGCAGCUUAUAUAUUCACUAGUUCUAAAAGAUGAUCAGUGUACUUAACC